AUGCACCAAAGAUGGUCGAGAUGGACUCGACAGCGGCUUGCAGUUCGGCCACUGACUGCCAGCCGUUACCUUAACUUCACAUCUCCGAAUCCAAUCCGAUGGCACCCUCAAGCUCUCUCCCACGGCUUCCAUUCUCAGCCUCCGUCGUCGCAGCAGGACCACGGUCCCCUCCGCAAGCAGUUGAAAGAUGCUGCAAAGGCAGUUCGGACACUUCCAUCCACUCCGGCAGCGACUGACAGCCCGGAUAUACUGGAGAACUGGGAAUUAACUGUGGGCAUUGAAAUCCAUGCUCAGCUCAAUGCUUCUCGCAAGUUGUUCUCACCUGGAAUAACUGCGCCGACUACCAUUCCAAACAGUCAAAUCGCCCCCUUCGAUAUCGCGUUGCCUGGUAGCCUCCCAGUCUUACAGCCAGCGGUCAUUCUGCCCGCCCUGCGAGCGGCUACUGCGCUUGAGUGUACGAUCGAGCCUGUCAGCAAUUUCGAUCGCAAGCAUUAUUUCUACCACGAUCAGCCGGCGGGCUACCAGAUCACGCAGUACUACCAUCCCUUCGCGAAGAACGGUCGUGUCGUGUUGACCGCCGAAGAUGGACUGGCGGAAAAUCGCACUGUCGCGGUGAACAUCAAACAGGUGCAAUUGGAACAGGACACCGCUAGAACCCAGGAGGAUGAUAGCAACACGGCGCUGAUAGACUUCAAUCGGUGUGGUCAAGCUUUGAUCGAGAUAAUAUCGUUGCCCGACCUGCAUUCUCCGCGAGAUGCAGCCAUCUACGUCAAAAAGAUUCAGUCAAUUCUCUACGCUGUUGACGCCGUCACCACCGGCAUGGAACAAGGCGGCCUUCGAGCCGAUGUCAACGUCUCCGUUCGUCGUCGAGGCGCCCCAGACGGGCCAUUUGCCUACAGCGGCGUGACCGGUCUUGGCCAACGUACAGAGAUCAAAAACCUGAGCACCUUCAAAGGCAUUGAAGAUGCAAUCAAGGCGGAAAGAGACCGCCAAAUCCGGAUCCUCGAGUCCGGUGGCGUGGUGCAAGGCGAGACUCGAGGUUGGUCUAUGACGAGCCCCAACGAAACAAAGAGACUCCGAGGAAAAGAGGGUGAGAUAGAUUACCGGUAUAUGCCCGAUGCGGACAUUCCUCCACUCUACAUCAGCAGCGACCUAAUUUCUUGGAUUGAGAAGACCCUCCCCCCCACAGCGAGCGAUUUGGUGGUGAUCCUAGUCCAACAGUACGGCCUUAGUUUCACUGAUGCGAUGACCCUGGUCUCGCUUGAUGACGGCGAGCGGUUGAUUUAUUUUCAAGACGUUGUCGAUGAGUUGGUGUCCAGGAGCCGAUUUACAACGACGCCAAAAGAUCACGGAAAAACCGUUGGAAAUUGGGUAUUGCAUGAACUGGGUGCUCUACUUUCCACGGAGGAAAAACAAUGGAGUGACAAUCUCGUUUCCUCCAGGUCGAUGGCUGAAAUUAUCUACCGCUUGAAAGACAAUCAGAUUACAGGGAGCUCGGCCAAACAGAUCCUCAGACUCAUUUAUAGUGGCGACAAACGACCCGUCUCACAUAUCAUCAGCCAAGAAAGAUUGGGAUUCACAGAGAUGUCAGCCGAUACUUAUCAAGCAAUUGCACGAGAAAUAAUCGGCAAGUUUCCUCAGCAUGUCAAAGACAUUGUCGACAAGGGUAAAGUCGGAAAGUUGCAGUUCCUCAUGGGACAAAUGAUGAGACAUCCACGAAAGGGCGACAUGCGUGCUCCCGAGGCUGAGAAGACGCUUCGCCAAUUGAUCUUGGGUGGCCGUUGA